AUGAAAUAAACUAAAAAAAGAUUAAGUUAUAUAAAAAAUCAAAAGCCUGCAAACAUAGAAUGGAUAUUAAAUCUUCUUGAUUAGAUACCUAAGUAUCAAUUAUAAUAAAGCAACCUUAAAUCAGCAACCUAAAUUUAACUAUAAGGAUUAUAAGAUUGUGAUUAAAUACUCAAAUCAGAACUUUAUUCUUUUAACACUAAGACAAAUAAAUUUUAGUAAAUAACAUUUUCACUUUACCCUAAUAUGCUUAUUAAUAAUUAUGGAGAAUUCCUUAUAUUAUCUACUUGCAUAAUGAUUAAGAAGAUUAUUUAAUAUAAGGAAUUUAUAGCUUAAGGUGUUUUGCUAUAUAAUCAUCACGGAAAUCUAUUUAUAUUUUAUGAAUCUUACGUUUAACAAUUAAAUGUAUAUAUAUUGUUAUUCUUAGUGGGAAAAAUAAUUAAAAAGAUUUUGUAAACAACAAAAUUUUUCUUAAAAAUACACCAUCAAAGAAAAAUUAUCCAUUCCAAAUCAUUUUGUUUGUGUAAAAAAUAAAAAUAGUAAGAUAUUAUUAAAUAAUAAUAGAUCGAAUAUACACAGUACAAAUGAUAAGAUUUACACAUUUAAACGAGUAAAAUUAUGAACAAUUGAUGAAUGAAAUAAAUAUUUUGAUGUGUUUUAAAUAGAGUGGUUUAAAUUAAUUUCAUGCAUUGUUUGAAGAUGGAGAAAUACUAUAUAUUUUGUAUGAUUAUUGGAUAGGAGAUACAUUAUUUAAAUAAUUAUAAUAAGGAUUACUACUAACAACGCAAUAAAUUUCUUAAAUUAUAUAUCAAUUAAUAAAAGUGUGUAGAUUUUUAACUAUAAAUAAUCUUUAUCAUGCUGCAAUCUUACCAACUAAUAUUAUCUUAUUGAGAAACAAUAACAAUGCUCAACAAUAAACUAAAAUUACAUUAUUUAAUUUUAGUUUUAGAGAUGGAAACCAAGUUCCUUCUAUAAUUUAAAAAUUACCAAAUGCUUGGAUACCUCCCGAAUUUUAAUGUCUUAAUGUCAAAUAAGAUCUUGCAUAAAUUGAUUUAUAUUAAAUUGGAGUCUUGCUUUAUUACUUAACAAUAUUUCUACCUGAAAAAGGAAUCAAGCAAGGGCCUUUUAAUAAAACUAUAGAUAAUUUUUAAAUCUAAUAUGCAUGGCUUAAAGGAUUAUAAAAUAAAAAUCCUAUUCCAUACUCAUAUUCCUUAAUAGACUUUUUAUGCUAGUUAUUGGAUCCAAAUCCUCAAACAAGAAUAACUUAUUCAGUUGCAAUUUGCCAUUAAUGGUUAAUUAAUUAAAAGCAUUAAUAAAAUCCAAUAGAAAAGGAAAAUAUUAAAAUUUUAGCAUCUUUAAGAACUAUCUUAGAACUCAGAGAAUAAAACUCGAAUGAUUAUGCAUCAUCUUAACGGUUCGAUCAAAAAUUAGAGUAACAUAUUACAAGCUCUUCUGAAGAAGAAGAUUAAGAAUAGACUGUGGAUAAUAAUCUACAUAGAAUCUCCAAGGAAAGAAAUUGUAUUCCUCAUUAUAUUAAUCUGAUAAACAUUAUUACACCUUGUAAGCAUCCUUCUAGAAAAUCUGUUAACGAUUAAAUUCAUUUUGUUUGA